AACAUUGUUCAAAUCGAAGUACGGUAUUUGAACAAUCGAACGACCAGAUCGACGACGACAACAACAACCGUACCCAAAGGCGCCAUGUCCUUCACAGAGUCUCGUCGCCGAGGCGUCAGAAAMAGUAGUCCAAGAAGAAGCUUGGCUUCUGCCAUGUUGUUUGCAAUUGGCCUGGGCCUGUUCAGCUCCUAUAACAUUGCCUUCACGUGUGCAUUUGCAUUUUCUUCGUCAGGGAUCCGCGAGGUKCAAGCAACGUCGUUUAUGAGCCCGUUAACGUCAGUAGUAGCGCCAACAAAAGGAAGAAUAACACCAAACACUGCAGGUGCAAAGACGCACCGGACUGCCCUUUUUUCGCAAGCGGAAAGUGGACAGGUGGAGAAAGAGAAACAACAACAACAGCAGCAGCAGUUGGAUUGGAAGAAAAUCUCGAAACAGAGCAAACUUUUUUGGAACAUGGCCUAUCCCUACUUCGAAGAAUCAAACGCCGGCCGAUGGCUCUUUGCGGGAAUGAUUGGUCUCACUCUUUUAAACUCUGGCGUAUCCGUCGGAUUUUCUUACAUUGGAAAAGACUUUUGGAACGCGUUGAGCAGCAAGAACACCGUUGAUUUUUACAACGUGCUCGGAAAGUACCUGGGGGCCCUGCUGGUCGGUGCGCCCAUCGUGACUCUUUAUAAAUUUCAGCGAGAACGAUUAGCCGUGCACUGGAGAGAAUGGAUGACCAAUCGAACCCUGCAGCUCUACGAAGACAACCGAGUCUAUUAUGUUAUUGAACGAGGGGGAGAGGUCGACAAUCCCGAUCAACGCAUCUGCGAAGACGUGCAAUCCUUUACRUCGUUUUCUUUGCAACUCUUUUUGACUAUCAUUUCGACUGUCAUCGAUUUGGUUUCGUUUUCAUUGAUCCUGUACUCCAUCUACCCGCAACUCUUCAUMGCAAUCGUGGCUUAUGCAUCGUUCGGAACCAUUACAACGACGUGGCUCGGAAAAGAUUUGGUGCGUCUCAAUUACGAACAGCUCACGAAGGAGGCCAACUUCCGCUUUUCUCUCGUGAGAUGGAGGGAAAACGCGGAAUCCAUCGCCUUUUACGCCGGUGAAGAUCUCGAGGGGAAAGUGGUUGGGGAGCGUCUGCAGAGUGUUGUGGGCAACACACGAGAGCUUAUUGCCACCCAACGUAAUCUAGAGUUUUUCACAAAUGGUUACCGAUUCUUGAUUCAGCUCUUGCCUGURACAGUGGUAGCUCCGAGGUACUUUGCCGGAGCCAUCGAAUUGGGAGUCAUCAGCCAGUCGGUUGGUGCCUUCAACCACAUUCUGAACGAUCUCAGCAUUAUCGUGAAUCAAUUCGAACAGCUCUCGCGCUUUUCGGCCGGCAUCGAUCGGUUGUCGGUCUUCUUGGAGGCCAUGCAGGAAGCCGAUCCAGAGCGCCGAAUGAUGCCGAACGACUCGAAAGACAAGUCGUCGCUGAUGAAACUGGCAAACACUACCGAAGCUGCGAACGCAAACACAACCGCGACAGAUACCGCAACGAACGGAGCGGUCGACAGCAAUGGCGUCAAGGGAACAACGGAUCUCGGCUCCAUCGAGUUGAUUCGCUCGCCACCAUCGCUCUACGAYGGAGAGUCCUAUCGGCUUCCGUCUACUGCGCCGCUGGUAUCCAUGAAAGACCUCGACCUGUUCACUCCCGACCGAAAGCGAACCCUGAUUCGGGAUCUCUCGAUGGACGUACAAGAGGGAGAAAACCUGCUCAUCGUCGGAAAUUCCGGGGCCGGAAAGUCGAGUCUCCUGCGAGCGGUCGCCGGUCUCUGGACGGCCGGCAGUGGCAGCAUCACGCGUCCCGGGGACGAAGACGUUUACUUUUUGCCGCAGCGCCCCUACUGUACGGUGGGAUCCCUAAGGGAUCAACUCCUGUAUCCGAGCUUGGAGCAGCAGCAGGAAGACGAGGGAACCAAGGRCAACAGCACGGAUACAGACGGGAACGGUACUCCGCGACACGUUGUCAACAGAUCGUUGAGCGAUCAAGAUCUGCUGGACGUUUUGGAGAAGGUUGAUCUUGGAGAACUCGCCAAGCGUUCGGGAGAUGGYGAUCCCUUCAAAGGUCUGGAAACCGUGUUGGAUUGGUCGAAUACCUUGUCGCUGGGAGAACAACAGCGAUUGGCCUUUGGAAGGGUGCUUGUCAACCAACCGAAGCUAGUUGUCUUGGACGAAGCCACUUCUGCGUUAGGUACGUAUCACACCACGGCAGCUUUCGUUUGGUCCAUAACGCGUCUSUUGACCGUUGCCUUGACGUUUGAAUGAUGUUUGCCUGACGACUUGCUUGCGUUCUUGGUUCUAAAAACUAAACGAUUCGCAUGAUAACAGACAUGGUGGCCGAGGCUCGCAUGUACAACUUGUUGCAAGGCAUGGGACGAAAGCAUCUUCURAAGAACGGUGAAAUGACCGCUCCCGGCUUGAGCUACAUCAGCGUUGGCCACCGACCAAGUCUCUUGGCGUACCACGACAAGAGAUUGCGAUUGAACGGAGAAGACCAGCACUCCCUGGAAGCGAUCGAAAAAUCGGCGUCCCUGGACGCGCAGGCAUUCAACAAGGUGUCAAACAUGUAGGGAAGCAAACUCCCUAUGAUGGUUUCUACUAGUUGUAUAUCAUUUUGUUUCGAACGAAAUCUUGUUUAGCCUACUAGAAUAUCAACAUCAAGAGACUCGUUGGAAUCCCAAAAAUGGAUUCGGCGGCCCAAACGAAAGGAAAAGCCUAGCCGGUAACGCCUCGUUCGUUGCCCGCCCCGUGGUUGCCGCCCUGGUUCUCCCCGCGCCGACCGUUCGUUCUCCUAUUAGAGCUCGACGGGCAUGAGGGUGUAGGUCUGGGUCUCGACCGCCGAGACCCCGUCGAUCUUUUUGAUUUUUUCCAGGAAGGCUUCCUCYGGUGCGUGCCCUCCCUUUUCCCAGUCGCCGUACUUGGGUUCCGGGAGGGCGACGACGACCUUGAAAUCGAGGCAGCCCCCGCAGACGAUGCGCUGGACGCUCUUGACGCCCUCGAC